AUGGGGACCCCCUGCAGGCGGCUGACGGGAGGACAAGGUGCCCCCCGCGCUGGAACCGGGCAGCGCCCAACGGCCGCGGGCGGCUCCGCCGAGCCCGGCUCCGCCUUGAGGGUGCGACGGCGGCGGCGCUGCCCGGGGCGGGAGAGCCGCGGAGCUCUCGGGAAAAAGGCGUCUUCCCGCUCCUUAACGGUGCUGAACAGCUUCGUUCCAGACCUGCGAAGGCGAGAGGAGCGUGGUGAGCUGCUGCAGCCCGUGCUCUUCAUCCUGCUGGUUCUGUGCUCCGUCCUGCUCUACCUCAAGGUGUCCCUCAUGGAUCCGGGUUUUGUUAAGGCUGAUGAGGAAGGACAGGCAGGAAAGAUUGAAGAACAGAGCAUGGUGACAUCCCCGGUUCCAGUUCCAGGCAAUAUUAAGAUGCGACGUUGUGGCUACUGCAUGGUGAAGCAACCAAUGCGAGCCAAGCACUGCCAGCUGUGCCAACACUGUGUUCGCCGUUAUGACCAUCACUGUCCCUGGAUUGAGAAUUGUGUAGGAGAGAAGAAUCACCCUCUCUUCGUAGUCUACUUGAGCGUGCAGCUUGUAGUUCUGCUGUGGGCUUGGUACAUUGCUUGGUCAGGACUCCACUUUGAACAGUCCUGGGACUGGCUGCAGCACAACAUUUUCCUCCUCAUCUCCUUCCUCCUGAUAGUUGUAUUCACCAUUGUUGACCUGUUGCUGCUUAUUUCACACCUCUAUCUGGUCUCAUGCAACACCACAACCUGGGAAUUCAUGUCACAUCAUCGCAUCUCCUACCUGAAACAUUCCGAGUCAGAGAAUCCCUUUGACCAAGGGGUAAUCCUCAACCUCUGGAGAUUCUUCUGUUCAUGCCACCUCACUACAUGGGAGAAAAUCUACUUUCACAGGGACAGUGAACCUGUCUAGUCACAGUAGAACUGACUUAAUGGAAGUGCCAAAACACCUGCAGGUUGCUGGAUUAAGUUUUACUAAA